CACUCGAAGUUGCUGAACAAAAGAUAUAAGGCAAGAAAACAAGGGCCCUAGACGUCACGCUUAUAAUCAUUGGCCUUAGGGAGCUAUGCAAAGCGCAAAAAUUUGAAAUUUCGGGCCGGUAUGCCAUUCGUUUGUAAUAGAGGCUGGCCACUGCGUUGCACCGUCUGUUGGGCUGUGGUCAGCCUAAGCGCGGGGAAUAUGCACGUGCGGAGUGAGUACUUUUUCCAGGAACGGAUUAAUUCAUCGAUUACCAGUUCAUCGCUUGUUACGUCCACUCCACGAGAGCCAACAGCCUGGGCCUUAGGUUUACACAUAUAUAAUGUGAGAGCAGCCGAGCGCUACCGAACGCGAACAUAAUCAUUUGUGAUCGCCAGCUAGUGCAACAUGCCCAAAGAUCAGCCUCCUAAUGACCAGCUACAGGGGUCAACGCCCAAUUUUUCCAACAUCCGGAUUGCUGUUUCUGCAACUGAGAACGACGGGACGAUUCGCGGAGAUCAUGAUCAGCCAGAAGGAUCACAUCCUGGUAACCUUUCCUCUAGUAGCACAUUAAAGGAUGAUGCCGCAGAGCAGCGAACGCGCCUUCGAGACAGGAUAUCCGAGCUAUUCAGGAGAAGCCCCAGCCCCAAUCGUCGCAACCAAUCAAGUACACCCCAGCCCAAUUAUCCUGUGACCGAGACAUCUCCAAACGGCCCACGGCCAUUGCUAUCUCCCCUUCCCACCGAAGUGAUUCCUACUGCGUUAGUUGGUGACGAUGAAGCGAGCGUAGGCACGCAGCAAGAACCGUCAGAUAUCGGGCCGUUAGCCCCAGCUGCUUCAUCAGUGACAGCGGAAUCGGCGUCUCGUAGAUCUGAUGGCAAUCGAAAGGAUAUAAUCGCCGGUGGCACCAAAGCCUUUCUCCAAACCGCGGCCACUGCUCUCAAGUUCGUCCCCAUUCCCAAUCUAGAUCAGAUCCCCAACACGCUUUUGACAUGGAUUCGAAUCUAUGAGGUUCGUGAAUGGUCUUGGCGAUCCUGACCGUGGUCUUCUCUCAUACCUAGUGCAUGCGA